AUGAAGCUGAACAUUGUCUCUUCUCUUGUCCUGCUACAAUCCCUCGCCUGCUCGGCGUUGAAUGCUCCUUUCACCGUCUCAGGCCGAUGGAUUCAUGACUCUAAGGGUGCAAACUUCACCUACGCGGGGGCUAAUUGGCCUGGUGCGGCCGAAGUCAUGAUUCCCGAAGGGAUGCAGUACGCCUCCAUCGCGUCGACAGUCUCCAAGCUCAAGAGCCUGGGAAUGAAUGUCAUCCGUUUGACCUUCCCCAUUGAGUUGGUGGAUGAUAUCCUCGACAACGGCGGAGACGUCACCGUGCAGAAAUCGCUGAUCAAGGCUCUGGGAUCAACGAACGGGACCAAGGUAUUCAAUCAGAUUCGCACGGUGAACCCACAGAUCACGUCGUCGACGACUCGUCUGCAAGUAUAUGAUAUGGUAGCCGCGGAGUGCAACAAACAAGGAAUCUAUGUACAUUUGGAUAAUCACAUCUCGAAGGCGAUGUGGUGUUGUUCCACCACGGAUGGUAACGCCUGGUUUGGAGAUACCUAUUUCAACGUUACCAAGUGGAUAAGAGGACUGGAGUAUAUGGUUUCUCAUGCCAAAUCAUGGACCAACUUUGUCAGCAUCGGACUGCGCAAUGAGCUUCGCCAGCCCGCCACAGCCAACUCACAGUACCCCUACAACUGGGGGACGUGGUACACGCAGAUGACAACGGCAGCGAAGAAGGUCAACGCGGCCAAUCCGAACGCGUUGAUCUUCCUGUCUGGUUUGAACUACGAUACCACCCUCUCGCCUAUCCCGACUGCAUCUGAUCUCGGGAACGGGGUCAAGUUCCGCCUCUCCGACUUUAGCUUCAGGAACAAGCUGGUCCUGGAGAUCCACAACUAUCAAACGGGUGCUACCAGCUGCAGCUCGUUGUCCAGUGCGCUCUGGAACGACGGAUUCAACGCCCUCAAUUCGUCUGACCCGUCGAUUGUGAAUUCCAUGCCGGUGGUCCUGACCGAGUUUGGGUUCCUACAGGACAGCACCACCUGGGAGGGUGUGUAUGCCAGCUGUCUGAGGACGUGGAUCCCCGAGCAGCACGCCGGUUGGAUCACUUGGGUCGUUGCAGGGAGCUAUUACAUUCGGCAAGGCACUCAAGACUUGGACGAGACAUGGGGCAUGCUUGACCAUACAUGGUCUGCUUGGAGGUCUCAGAAUGCGAUUGAGCAGGGACUGAAGGUAAUGGUCCAAUCGUCACUCAGUGGAUAA